GCCAAAUUGCUGAUGAUAGCUGAGGUCUUAAAUCAUCCUAAGCCUUUGUAUCCAUUUUACCUAUUUGACUUAACUUGUUUAUUUAUUCUCCUAAGGCUUCCCCCUUCUUCCCUGCCUUCUCCUUAUCUCAAAUACCUCAUUUUUGCAAAGCCAAUUUUCUUUCUGUGUUUGCCUCUAUUGAAGCUUUAAAAAUAUGAGUAACAUAAGGUUGGUAGAAGCCAAGUUGCCAGCAGGGUUCAGGUUCCAUCCUAGAGAUGAAGAGCUUGUUUGUGAUUAUUUGAUGAGGAAGGUGGCUUUAACUGAUACCUUCCAACUCAUGAUUGAAGUUGAUCUCAAUAAGUGCGAGCCCUGGGAUAUUCCUGAAACGGCUCGGGUGAAUAGCAAGGAAUGGUAUUUUUACAGCCAAAGAGAUCGAAAAUAUGCAACAGGAUUGCGAACAAAUAGGGCAACAACGUCAGGGUACUGGAAGGCCACUGGGAAAGAUAAGGCUGUCCAUAGCAAAGGCACCAUUGUUGGGAUGAGGAAAACCUUGGUGUUCUACCAUGGUAGGGCUCCCAAAGGAACUAAAUCUGAUUGGGUCAUGCAUGAAUUCAGGCUUCAACCAACCUCCAACGUCUCCACUUUGAAGGAAGAUUGGGUUUUAUGUCGAAUGUUACACAAAACCAAGGAAAUUAGUAAAAACCCUAGUAUCAUGGGAAGCAGUUAUGAUGACAUAGGUUCUUCACCUCUUCCACCAUUGAUGGAUUCUUUCAUCAGUUUUCAUCAACCAAAUCUAGAUGAUAAGUAUGAGCAGCAAGUGCGAUUCUCCAAUUUGUCCCCAAACCAAAGGAACACUAUUUUCACCAAUAUGGACCCAAAUAUGACGACAAAAACACAAACAGCUGUUGGACAAAUAACCAUCAAUGUGGCAUGCUUAGACUCUUUCCCUUGUGACAAAAAAGUGAUCAAAGCUGUGCUGAAUCAUCUUAGCAAGAUGGAUACCUAUCUUAAUGUGAAGGAAUCAUUGAGCUUUGGAGAAGGAAGUUCAGAUCAGAGUUAUUUAUCUAAAGUUUGGAAUUAAUGCCUAAACUACAUGGUCAUGGUUGUAUAAAGUUAAAUUACAAACUUAGGGCAUAUCUUUUUCCCAUUAAAGCAUCAUGCACUUGUUUCAUAAUACUUUAAUAACUGGAAAAUUGUAAAUGAUUUCAUGUGGAGUACGAUUUUUUUUUAAUUUCACUUAAUUUCAUUAUCUUCAA